AUGGUCACAACGAACUCGCCAUCGGGUUCAUCGACGUCUUCGUCGCCGGUACAGAAGAACGUCGCACUUGAGAAUGACUUUGCGGUUUCUCCGGCAACAGAGGCGCCGGGCUUCGCCGACCUCCUCGUCAAGUCUAUCUUUGAGCCCGGAGCGAACGCGGCUGUUGUCAUGGCAAUGAAUGUCUGCUUCUUCCUCCUGGUCAUCACUCUCGUCGGCCUGGCGGCCAUCACUAACUGGGACUGGCACGUCCUGGCCCUCCUGACCACGUCGGUCAUCCUGUGGGCUGCAAUGGUCUGGUUCAUCAUGAUGGCCACGGCGGUGCAAACCAACCCCGAGAACAUGCCCAACACGGACAUGACGAUCCCAGCCGACGACGCGUCGCCACCAGAAACGCGCAAGGACCAAUAG